CUGAGGCUGUGCGCGUCGCCGUGUCCAAACACAAUGCCUAACCGUCAAAAGCAAGUUAUAUUCUCCAUCGCCGGUGUGCUUUGUUUUGGUUGUGUUUUAGUCGUGGCGACUGCAAUGGGGACUCAGUUUUGGGUUCAAGCGGCUGUUUUGUGUAAAACAGGAGCUCAAAUUGUUAACGCGUCCGGGGCAGAGCUGGGCAAAUUCAUCGGAAGGGCAAACUACGGACUUUUCCACGGACAUGGGAUGAAACAAUGUGGUCUGGGAGACAGACCCUUUUAUUUUUCAUUUUUUCCUGACCUGAUGGAUGUGGUUCCAGCCAGUCUUCACGUGAGCGUAAUCUUCUUCUGCGCGGUGCUCAUCGUCUUCUCCUCAGUGUGCUGCGGAUUCUUCUUUUACAAUGCUUUCGGGAGCCCAUAUGAGACGCUGCAUGGACCCCAGGGCCUUUACCUCUGGAACAUGAUCAGCUCUUUCUGUGCCUGCUUGGUCCUCAUUUUGUUUUCCUCUGAGGUAAAGCUGCACCACCUCACCGAGAUCAUCUUCAACUUCAACGAGGGCAGCUUCGUCUACAAGACUCACAGCGAGCGUUACGACAAGUCCUUCUGGCUCAUCUUCCUCACCUUCCUCUUGCAUGGCCUCAACGUCCUGCUCAUCCGCCUGGCCGGGAUCCAGUUCCCCUUUCAGGAGGCCAAAGAGUCCGACGCCAGCACUGGAGCUGCAGAUCUCAUGUACUGAGCGGCUCUUUUCUUUUGUUCGUCUUCCUCCCCUGCACACGACAUCCACCCGCAGCGAGGAGCGCUUCUCAAUAGGAGUCUUCUGGACGCCAGCAUCCGCUUUGUUUACAGCGGAAAGUCAAGGCACAUUUGAGCCUCUUAAGCCAUUGAGAGCACGUGGUGGUGUUGAGCCUGGAGAUGCUCGUGUGUCUGGAGGGAAGAACAUUCAGUCUGUCAAUCACUGAAACAAUUAACGCUCACUGUUUCGAGCGGCUGAUGAAAACAGCCUGUAGUUUCCAGUCUGCAUGGGGACAUCAGUUUCCUCUGCUCGCCGAGCUUUUAUUCGCACAAAAGGGAUGCGACAAUUGGCGAUGCU